CCAUCUAGCUGGGCACUAUUCACAAUCCCAACUGGCCGACAUGAAGAUCAUCGCUGGAAUUGUUCUGCUGUUCGCCGCUACGGCUUUGGCCCAAUCAGGGGAUCCUAACACCAACGAAAACAAGAAUGUGAUUCACAUCAACAAUCCCAACUCUGCAAAUUAGAUGAACUUUUGAAAUUUGCAUACCCAGAAUUCAAUAAAACAUUUACUUAAUUGCUUGCAUGUAA